CCUCUGCUCUCUUAAACUCGCGAGCGGUUUUAUAAUUUCAACUUGAACGCCGUCUGAACGCUUCGCUUGGUAAACUGCUGCAAUUCUGCACGUUUAGAUACACAACGCCCCGCUCUCCUACACAUCGCACUUCUGCUUCCCUGGCCUAUACGGCAGCACAUACUGUGGCAUUACGUACCGUUGCACACAGCCCAAUUUACGAAUAACGUCAAACCGAGUGCCAGAGCUGCCUCCGGGCUCUCUCUCCAUCAACCCCCCCAUAGGCAGCAGGCUGAGCAAGCUUGUCAAAGCACAAUUUGCUCCCAAGCACGCUCAAGAUGUCAAGCCCGCCGUUCAAAGUCAAGGCCGUGUUCGAAUACACCUCUCCUCAUGACGACGACCUCCACUUCCCGAAUGGGCAGAUAAUCACAGUUACCGAGGAGGAAGAUGAUGAUUGGUAUGCGGGGGAAUAUGUGGACGCCUCGGGAGUGAAGCAGGAGGGUAUCUUUCCUAAGAACUUCGUGGAGAGGUACGAGCCUACGGCCCCUCCAAGGCCUGCUCGAACGACACGCCCAAAGAGAGAUGCCGAACUACCAGCUGAGCCUGUCCCAAAAGCAUAUGAAUUAGAGGCGGAACCAGAGCCACAGCCCGAGCCCGAGCCAAUCCAUGAGCUCCCAGCUACACGAGAACCACCUCCAUCAGCUCCCAAGCCUCAAGCCGCUACAUCUCCGCCAUUUUCGAGGCCUGCAGAAAUCUCCCCGCCACCAGCUGCCAAGCCGACUGCAUCCAGUCUGAAAACCGAGCCCCCGCCUGUUUCUGACAAGCCGAGUGGUGGCUCAUUCCGAGACCGUAUUGCAGCUUUCAAUAAGGCGGCUCCACCAGUCGCGCCGUUCAAGCCUGGUGGGUUGAGCUCUGGGGGAUCGAAUAACUUCAUCAAGAAGCCUUUCGUUGCACCACCGCCGAGCAAAAAUGCGUAUGUACCUGUAGCUCGCGAUCCGCCCCCGCAGAAGAUCUAUAGGCGUGAAGAGGACCCAGAGAUAGCUGCGAGGGAGAAAGAAGAUCAGGAGUUGGCGGAACGAGCCGGAUUAGCCCCAACAUCUAAUGAUGGCGAUGAGGAAGAGCAGCCAAAGCCUACGAGUCUGAAGGAAAGAAUUGCUCUUCUUCAAAAGCAGCAAAUGGAACAGGCAAGUCGGCAUGCGGAAGCGGCACAGAAGAAGGAAAAGCCUAAGCGUCCACCUACCAAAAAGCGGACCGAAUCGCAUGGCCACACAGAAGGCAACGAAGAGGGAGACGCAACUCCUCUGGAGAGCAAUGUCACAGGAGAAAGUGCUGCCAAGCCUUCAAUGGAUUCUGUGAGAGAGGAAGUAGAAGGCCCAAGAAAACGUAAAUCUUCAAGGGGUGCUGUUACAACCCCGGGACUCCAUCCUCGAAAGUCUUUUGGCGACGGUAAUGAAGCAGAUAUGUCUGGGGCUGGUGAAACAACCGAGGAGCCGGAAGAUAUGUCGACUGGAAGAGAUGACAGCGAUGAAAAACCAAGAUCUCGGCCACCAACGAUACCCAUGCGCGCUGCAGCGCCCCCCUCCCGCGAACUUGAUAUUGGAGAAGAAGAGGGAGCUUCCGAAGAAGAGGAGCCUCAAGGAGAAGAAGACGAGGGAGGUGAAGAUGAAGAGGACGACAUUGAUCCGGAAGUGCGGCGAAAGGAGGAACUGAGAGCACGAAUGGCGAAGAUGAGCGGCGGUAUGGGUAUGCAUGGCAUGUUUGGCCCCGCCGGCGGUAUGCCAAUGCCUGGACUUGGAGCACCGCCGAAAAAGAAGAAGUCUACGACAUCCAGCGAUAAACGUCCAACAGAGUACGGAACUGAGGAAACCUCCCCAGUUUCCCGCGCUCCCCCUGUUCCAAUGCCUGGUUUGUCUCGAGUUCGGAGCCCCGAGGAGCUGAACAAGCAGCUUGAGCUCGAAGAAGAGAAGACCCCUAUUUCGAGGUCCCGUCCAGCAGAUGAGCUACCGGAUGUCGAGGAAGUGGUCCCAUCGAAAGAGGGAGGUGCUCCGCCUGUUCCAGGUGGAAGGCCAGCACCACCACCCGUGCCAAAAGAGUUAGCACGACCUACUCCUGCUGUCCCGAUGUCUCCAAGUGCUGGAUCCGAAUCGGAUGAUGAGAUGUCUGAGCGUGCUCAAACUAUCACUGUGGCGACUCCUACAGCUGAAGCGCCUCGUGCUCCGCCUAGACCAUCGGAGGCGCCAGGUUCGCCAAAGUCUCCUAAUUUCAGACGAGGAUCUUAUUUUGGAACAGAUCAAGCAUCUCCCGUUUCUCCUACAACGCCGGGCUUAAACAACAAGCGUGCCAGUCGACUUCCUCCACCAAUUCCUGGAGCAUCUGCACCUCAACCGCAAAAUCGAGCUCCACCCCCACCUCCUCCAGCUGCUGCACCUCUUAGUCGCACAUCCACUGGUGAUCAACGUGCUCCACCACCUCCUUCGCGUCCAGCUCAAGAGGAAAGCGAAGAAGAGGUUACCGAGUACGAGGGUGAUUACGAUACAGAUAUUGCCUCGGCGGCACCGCACAAAGAUGCGUUGAAGGCUGUUGAGGAUCGCUCGCCGGUCAUAUCUCCUUCGUCCGCGCCCCCGCCUCUCCCGCCAUCUGCCGCUCCACGUGCAAUUCCACCUCCUUUGCCUUCGCAACCACCUCCCAAUACGAGGAAAUCGGCGGAUAUGCCAAGGGCUGCUCCACCACCUCCGCCCCCUGGCAAGAUGGUGGCUCCAUGGGAGAAUGACGAUGACGAAUAUGACCCGUUCAAGUACACUACUGGCAUACCUGCUCCUGGAGGCGGGAUGCCUAGAGUUGAAAGAACAGAAGAGGAUUUAUACUCCGCCUCACCGCCUAGAACAUUUGCUUCGCCGCCUCAAGAUCGACCAGUUCCACCGGCCCCUCCCCGUGACGCCCCACCGUCAGGAAGCAGACCAGUUCCAACGACUCGCCAAUCUCUUGACGUCGGGUCCUCUCGCCCAACAAACAAUGCACGAAGAUCAGUCGAGCUCGGCAGAAUGUCUAUGGAUUCCGGCUUCGUGGCUAACGAUGUUGACCUUGGUCCAAGUUCGUUCUGGUGGACACAACCCCGUGGAAUUCCACCUGUCUUCCAGAACAGAAAAGACAUCCUCCUCGAGUUUGACGACUCCUCAUCCAAGCGAGGCAGCAAAACAAUAGUCGCCAAAGAGCUCUCCAUCCUCUUCCAAGACUACUCUCAAACCAUCGUGACUGCUCAAUUUGAUGCCCAAAACCCAUCGGACAUCAAACUCGAGCAGCGACACGACCCACCACCGUCCCGCCAACGUCAAGACCAGCUCGAACAAGCACACGAGCAAUUCGGCCGCCGCAUCUCCGAAGCUGUCCACUCGCGCAAGGAAACCGUCGUUGGAGACGGCACCCCACAAGGCCUGAUCCAAGAGCUUCUCAAACCGCUCACCAACGCCCUACUGCCAGUCGGAACUCGCGCCUACGGCGCCGUCGUCUACGGCAACCUGGCCAACGCCUCCACGCAGCAGAACGACGAGAUCCGCCCCGGCGAUAUCAUCACGCUGCGUAAUACCAAGUUCCAGGGUAAGCACGGACCGAUGCACGCGAAGUAUAGCGUGGAGGUUGGGAAGCCGGAUCAUGUGGGUGUGGUUGCGGAGUGGGAUGGCACCAAGAAGAAGGUGAGGGCGUGGGAGCAGGGACGCGAAAGCAAGAAGGUGAAGCUUGAGAGCUUUAAGCUAGAUGAUUUACGCAGUGGGGAGGUGAAGAUUUGGAGGGUUAUGCCGAGGAGUUGGGUGGGGUGGAGUGAGACGAAUUAG